AUGAUAUCAGACAACGCAACAACAUUCAACGCAGCAGCAAUUACUAUUCAACAACUCAUGAGAUCAACGGCAGUUAAUGAAGCUCUACACAGCCAUGGUACUGAAUGGAGAUUCAUACCUAAGCGAGCACCAUGGUUUGGCGGUUGGUGGGAGCGACUUAUUGGACUAACAAAAACCACCAUCAAGAAAGUUUUAGGUCGUUCAUUUAUUAGUUACGAGAGCCUCCAGACAAUAAUAACAGAGAUUGAGGGUAUAAUGAACGACAUACCGCUUACUUACGUCACUUCCGAUAUAGGAGACCCGGACCUAUUAACACCGGCGCACCUGCUUUAUGUACGGCGUAUUACAUCCCUUCCAUAUAAUGGCAAUACACCAGAACCACAGAAUGUUACAAUGUUUGAGGUAACAAAAAGGGCAAGAAUGCAGGCACAACUUAUCAGUCAUUAUCGCUUACGAUGGCGUCACGAAUAUCUUACGUCACUGCGUCAGUACCACAAAACAACAGGAAACAACACUCAGAAAGUUCAGGUUGGCGACGUUGUACAGAUUUAUGAUGAAUCACCAAGAACGCAGUGGAAACUAGGCGUAAUCCAGCAGUUAAUUUACGGUAAUGAUGGCCUCACACGAGCAGAAAUUUUACGCACGAGUAAUGGACUUGUCACUUCGAGACCUAUUAUGAAACUGUACCCAUUAGAAAUCAUUUCUACAUCGUAA